AUGGCAGAAGUGGGAACUCCACUCAGUCCAGCACAACCGCUGAAGAAGCGAUUGUCUCGGUUAAGCAUUAAUGAUAAUUCCCAUCGUCGGUUUCCAACUGUCCAAUCGUUUGUGGAACAACUCGGAGGAAACAAAGGCAUUGUAAUUGAACGAGUCUUGAUUGCCAACAACGGUGUAGCUGCUGUCAAAGCUAUUCGUUCUAUCAGAAAAUGGGCAUACGAGGUGUUUGGAGAUGAAAGAGCUAUCAAGUUUAUUGUCAUGGCAACUCCAGAAGAUUUGCGAGCGAAUGCCGAAUAUAUUCGAAUGGGAGAUGUGAUUAUCGAUGUUCCGGGGGGUUCGAAUAAUCACAACUAUGCAAAUGUCACGCUGAUUGUGGAAUUGGCACGCCUUCAUGGCGUGAAUGCUGUUUGGGCUGGAUGGGGACAUGCUAGUGAGAAUCCAAUCCUACCAGACACACUGGCCAAGAGUAACCCUCCCAUCAAGUUUAUUGGUCCUGCUGGACCUCCAAUGCGCGCUCUGGGAGAUAAGAUUGGGAGUACGAUCAUUGCGCAAUCAGCUGGAGUGUCAUGCAUCGAUUGGAAUGGAUCAGACGUUAAUGCAAGUUAUGACAAAGAAACCGGAACUCUUCCUGAGAAGGCUUACGAAGAUGCUUCUAUUGCUUCAGCUUCUGCUGCUACUGAAGCCGCUCAGAAAAUUGGACUUCCAGUAAUGAUCAAGGCGUCGGAAGGAGGAGGUGGAAAAGGUAUUCGACUUGUGGAAAAGAUCGAAGACGUCCCAAAUGCUUACAGACAAGUAUGUGGUGAAGUCCCAGGAAGUCCAAUAUUCAUCAUGAGGCUCUCCACCAAAUCGCGGCACUUGGAAGUCCAAUUGCUGGCUGAUGAAUAUGGAAAUGCUGUUGCCUUGAACGGCCGAGAUUGUUCCGUCCAACGUCGCCACCAAAAAAUUAUUGAGGAGGGGCCUCCUGUCGCCGCCAACCCAGAAGUCUGGGCUGAAAUGGAAAAGGCUGCUGUCGCUCUAGCAAAGGCUGUCGGGUAUGCCAACGCUGGAACAGUUGAAUACCUUUACUCCGAACCAGAUUCCAAAUUCUACUUCUUGGAAUUGAACCCUCGUCUUCAGGUGGAGCACCCUGUCACGGAAAUGAUCACUCGUGUGAACUUGCCGGCAGCCCAACUCCAAGUUGCCAUGGGUAUUCCAUUGGACAAUAUCCCUGAAAUCAGAGAAGUCUAUGGCCGAACCCGCUUUGAAGAUGACCCAAACGCCGAGAGCUCAAGAAUUGAUUUUGAUAGUGCCCAGCGUGUCCAGCCACAUGCCCAUUGUAUUGCGGUUCGUAUUACUGCUGAAAAUGCUGAAGCAGGAUUCAAGCCAACCAGUGGUGGUAUCCAAGAAUUGAACUUCAGAUCUACACCAAACGUUUGGGGUUACUUCAGUAUGGACAGUUCCGGAUCCAUCCACGAAUUUGCAGACUCACAGUUUGGCCAUCUUUUUGCGAGUGGCACUGACAGAGAACAAGCCCGUCGAAACAUGGUUUUGGCGUUGAAGGAACUUUCCAUUCGUGGUGACAUCAGCACUACUGUUGGAUACAUCUCGAGGUUGAUCGAACUAGAUGAUUUCAUUAACAAUCAAAUCGAUACAGCUUGGCUUGACGGUAUCAUCAAGGAAAACGUCGAAGGAAUUGGAGCUGUCGAAGGUGGGAUGAAGCGUGCAAGUUCCAUGGUCAAUUUGGACGACUCCUUAAGCCAUCUUCAUGUUGCCAUGGGAGCAACCAUUGUAGCAUACGACAGCUGUAUGGAGGGAGAGCACCAAUUCACGGAGCUACUACAGAAAGGCCAACUUCCUCCACGAAAUCUGUUGAAGAUGGAGCAUCACGUGGAACUGAUUCUCAAUGGCGUCAAGUACAAGCUGUUCUGCACCCGAAAGGGACAAUGCAGUUUCCGCAUCGGGUUGGAUGGAAAUGUAGAUGCCUUUGUGAUGACCAAUGUACGCAAAUUGAGCGAUGGCGGUUACUUGAUCGAGAUUGGAGGAACCAGUCAUGUCGCUUACUUGACAAACAAAGGAGAUGUUGCCACCGGAAUGAGACUCAACGUUGGCGGUUCCAACGUUGCAUUUUCUCCUGAUUACGAUCCAACUUCACUGAGAACAGACGUCGCAGGAAAAUUGGUUAAGAAGCUUGUUGCAGAUGGUACCCACGUUAAGAAGGGCGAAGCAUAUGCCGAAAUCGAAGUGAUGAAAAUGUUCAUGCCUUUGAAGGUGGAAGAGGCUGGAAUUGUUCACUGGCAGGGCAACGAGGGUGCAUCGUUGGCAGCAGGUGAUCUGCUCGCGACACUGGAACUUGACAAUCCAGAAAACGUGGCUUCUGUUACAGUAUUUGAUGGCUUGUUGCGAGUUGAAGGAUGGGGUAACUCGAGUCGUCCAGCGAAUGCAAUUAGACCGCAUCUUGUCAUGCGAGCCGCAGUUGAUGUCCUUGAAGGAGCGAUAUCCGGAUACGUCCUUGACAAAAAUGAAGUUGAUCUCACGAUGGAGGACCUGGCAACUGCUGUAACUCAUUCAUCACUUCCCAUGUUUGAAGUCGACGAGCAACUAUCUGUAUUGAGUGGUCGAAUCCCCGCCAAGUUGUUUGACAGUAUCACCAAGAUCAUUGCUGAUUUCAGAAAUCUGGUUCAGGAGGGCAGUGGAGUCCAGCUUCGAUUUCCAGCAGAAGAAGUGAUCUCGUUAAUCAAUUCUCAAGCAAACUCUUUGUCUGAAGCAGCUGAGAAAUCAACGUUUGUCGCGUUGACCACUCCCCUGAAGGAUACUGUGCUUCCUUACACCAAGAGCAAGGCCACUGGCGUUCCAGGUGCUGAGAAAGCACUGUUGUUCUUUAUUGACAUCCUUCGACGCUGGAUUUCGAUAGAGCGUUGGUUCUAUGAAGGCCCAUCAUACGCUGACUCCGUCACCAAUAUCAGAAAGAUUCACAAAGACGAUGCCUCUACCAUUCUGAGUAUUUGUCGUGCACACGAGCAGCUGAAAACAACUUCGUACAUUAUCAAUCGAGUGAUCUCGAUCAUUAAUGAUGGAUCAAGAGUGGAUUUGACAACUACAAAUGCAGCACCAAUUGGAAAGCGUGUCUCGAUUGUCGCUGGAGCGGAGAGUCUACCUGAUGCUCUUCCUGCUAUUUCUGAGGUUGGAAUGAUGGGCCAGAACAAGUUGUACGCCGAAGUUGCUCUCCGGGCUCGUAAAAUUUUGAUGCAAGAGAGUAUGCCAAGUUUGGAACAACGAAAGCAGAAGGUGCUUGAGGCAGCCAAGACACUUACUGUCUCUGAUGCGACCAAGGCAGAGGAACUCCUUGCUGAUCAGACACCAAUGUUAGAUGUUUUCUUUCCCAUUCUGAAGACAGUCCUAGCUUCAAAGGAAGAAAUUGGCUUGCUCGAACUCUACGCACGCCGUUUGUAUCGAACAUACACCUUGAAGGAAACUGAGAAGAAAUUCGACCAACGAAUCGUGAAGUUUGCAUUCACCAACAAAGCUCCUGAGAAAGUUUUGCACAAGCUGACUUCUGUCAGCAGUAUGACUGAAUUGAGCAGUAUGGUCAGUUCGUCCUCACUCAGCAAGCUAAGUGACUCUGCUGAAAGUGACUCUGAGAACAGGGUUAUCACAGCCGAGAACUUUGAGAAAGUUCCAUCGAGCGUACAGAGAACGGGAGUCAUCAAGAUUUUUGACAGCAUUGAUGAUUUGUCGAAUGCAUCGAACAUCACAGCAGUAUUGAACGAAUUCCCUACGAUGCCGAUAUCUCCCACUGCUGGUCCGAUGAAUGUUCUAUAUCUAAUUCUACCUAACACAGCUUCUUCUGGAGAUGAAAAGUCCAACGAUGCGCUCGCAGAGCGUUGUCAUUCACUAUUGUCUCACCACAAGGGUCUCUAUCAAAAUGCUCAAGUUCGACGUGUGACAGUCAUCUUCGAGCGGUUGAACGAAGACGGAGAAGCAGAUACAUCACCUGGGGCAUUCACAUACCGUUUUCCAGAGUACAAGGAAGAAACUACUAUCAGAGAUAUCAAUCCAAGUCAUGCAAUCAACCUGGAAAUGCACCGACUUGCAGAAAACUUCCGUGUCAAGACCCUUGGAGCGACACAUACUACAACAUCUCACAUCCACUUGUAUGAAGCUGCUCCAAAGCAAUCUGCCCUCGUGAAAGACAAGAAAGCCAACAAGGCGUCCAGAAUGUUCGUUCGGGCACUGAGCUUCAAUCUUGAUUUCUCGUCAUCGAGUUUUGAACGAAUUCUGGUUGAUGCUCUCAAUGCUCUGGACUUGAAAUCCGAGAACCUCAAGGCUGACAAUCACUUGUUCGUAAAUCUUGUCAGCGACUUCGAGAAGGUUGUACUUGACCCUGUGGUGGUGGAACAAGUUGUCGUCGACAUUUUGAAACGUCAUGGUGACAGAGUGUCAGCACUUGGCAUUGUCGAAGUGGAGACAAAGAUUCUUUGCUCAUUGAGUCCCGAUUCUCCUCCAAUUUCUUUGCGAUUGGUGGCCAGCAACCCGACUGGAUACGUCCAUGUCAUGAACACUUACGUCGAAGCAGCUGACGAAUCAAGCAGCGACCGAGUCUUCAAGCUCAUUGGAGGCACCAAGGCGAGCUUGGCGUGUGCCGGUGACAGUUCGUGGGAAGGGUUAAAUGUGAACACUCCCUAUCCACUCACUCGUCCUUUUGACAACCAGAGAAAGGCUGCUCUUCGUUCAUCAGACACCUUAUACUGCUACGAUCUUCCAGCGUUGUUCGAAGCAGCCGUUGAACAGGAGUGGGUUGAUGCCUCGAAGAGAGGAGGUGUUGAAGGUAGCAUCCGAAGCUCUGCUCGACCUUUGAUGGUGAUGUACACUACAGAACUCGUUGUGAAGAAAACUACUUCAAUGGAUCAAGAUACUUGGACUAUGGAUGACUACCUCAGCGGUGACCUCGAGUUGGUAGAAGUGAGCCGACAGGCAGGUGCCAAUAAUGUCGGAAUGGUUGCUUGGUUGAUGGUGUUGAAAACAGUUGAAUACCCCAAUGGUCGACAAGUUGUAUUGAUUGCGAAUGACAUUACCCACAAGGCAGGAAGUUUCGGUACUCGCGAGGAUGUUGUGUUCAAACUUGCAUCCGAAUAUGCUCGUGAGAAACGUAUUCCCCGUUUGUACGUGGCAGCAAACUCAGGUGCUCGGAUCGGAGUAGCAGAAUCAGUGCGCCAAAAGUUCAAGGUUGCUUUCAAGGAAAAUGCGAAGCCAGAAAAUGGAUUCGAUUUCCUUUAUGUAACGAAAGAUGAUUACGCAGCUCUCACUUCUGAAAAGAAGAAUAUACUCGUGGAACCGGCAACCUUUAAUGGUGAAGACGUGUUCCGCGUGACGGAUAUCAUCGGGUCCGAGCCAGAUCUGGGAGUAGAAAAUCUGAAAGGCUCGGGUCUCAUCGCCGGAGAGACAAGUGCCGCAUACAAGGACAUUUUCACGCUCACUAUCGUUCUUGGCCGAACUGUUGGAAUUGGUGCAUACCUUGUUCGACUUGGUCAACGUACGAUUCAGAAGACCUCUGCAUCGCCUAUCAUCUUGACUGGGUACCAAGCUCUGAACAAACUGAUGGGCGUCGACGUGUACUCGACUAAUGAUCAACUUGGAGGUCCAGGUAUCAUGUACUCGAACGGUGUCUCCCACUUGGCAGAGCCCGACCACUUGCGCGCUGUGAAGUCCGCCAUCGAUUGGUUGUCGUAUGUGCCUCACCGCAGGGGAGGACUCCUACCCGUGACAGACAUUCGAGGAGUGGAUGAAAUCGAACGACAGAUUGACUUUGUGCCAGUCCCAGGAACUCCUUAUGAUCCCAGAAUGCUUCUCGCAGGUGGAGAAGACGACACUGGAGUAUGGAAAAGUGGUUUUUUUGACAGAGGAAGUUUCACCGAAGCCCUCGCUGGAUGGGCGAAGACGGUGGUCAUUGGACGCGCCAGGCUCGGGGGAAUUCCAAUGGGUGUUGUCAUCACUGAAAACCGCACUGCGGAGAACAUCAAGCCAGCUGAUCCUGCUGAUGUGAAAGCGUCCGAAGCUGUCAUCCAAGAAGCUGGGUGCGUGUGGUUCCCCAACAGUGCCUACAAGACUGCCCAAGCAAUCAAUGACUUCCGAACGGAGGAUUUGCCUUUGAUUGUAUUCGCCAACUGGCGUGGAUUCAGUGGAGGACAGCGAGAUAUGUUUGAUGAGGUCUUGAAGUAUGGUUCGUUGAUUGUUGAUGCAUUUGUUGCCUAUGAGCAACCUGUCUUCGUCUUCAUUCCUCCGUUCGCCGAGAUCAGAGGUGGGGCCUGGGUGGUUCUUGAUGCGUCUAUCAAUGCUUCCGUGAUGGAAAUGUAUGCUUCUUCUGGCAGUGCCCGUGGUGGUGUGCUCGAAGCAAACGGAGCUGCGAGCGUCAAGUAUCGCACAAAGGAUCUCAUCAAGACAAUGCAUCGACUUGACGAAGAGUUGAUUGCCUUGGACGCAAAGCUGGCACAAGGAUCGACUGAUGCCGAACACCAAGGAACUCAAGCAGAGAUUUCAAGCAGGGAACGUGCCUUGCUGCCUGUUUAUGAGCAAAUAUCGGUGCAAUUCUGUGAACUCCAUGACACUCCUGGAAGAAUGGAGGCAGUUGGAGUCAUUCGCCAACAGGUUGAUUGGGAAACUUCUCGAGGUUUCUUCUACUGGAGACUGCGAAGAAAGCUCGCUGAAUUUGAUUUGCGCAAGAAAAUUAUCGAAGCAGCAGAAGUUGGGAGAGGCGUGAAGACACCAACUCCUCUUGAAGCUUCUGAUUUGAUCAAACGGUGGUUUUUGGCAACACCGGGUAUGACCGAGGCCAAAUGGGAAGAUGACAAGGCAAUGCUCACAUGGAUGGGUGAAAACUACCAACUCCUUGAACAGAAAGUUAUCAGCUACACCAAAGAGUGCGUGGUGCAAGAAGUUGUCCAAGUGAUGACGCAAGGAGGCAACACAGCCAAGAUUGGAACGAUGGGCAUUGUUGAAGGAAUUGGACGAGCCAUGGCCACCAUGACCGAAGAAGAGAAGGCUGAAUUCAAAGCAAUGAUGCAAAAAACAUUGCAACUGUAG